GCAGGUUGGUCCUGGAGCAGAUGAGCGAAGACUACUUGGGCGAAAGCGCGUGUAAGGGGGGAGCACGGGGAAGGAGGAGGAGGAGGUGGAGGAGGAGUACCUCGGCCAGGAAAAUUAUGCAUGCGUUAGGGAAGCUCUGAGAGAAUGGCUGUGGAAGCUCUCCACUGUGGUUUGAAUCCACGAGGUAUUGAUCACCCUGCCCGUGCUGAAGGCAUUAAGCUGCAAAUUGAAAGUGAAGGUGUUGAAUCUCAAUCCAUUAAGAACAAAAACUUCCAGAAGGUGCUUGAGCAAAAAGGAACCCCCAAGAGACUGCAAACAGAAGCUGAGACGACUAAGUCAGCUACGGUGAAGUUAUCAAAACCAGUGGCACUGUGGACUCAGCAGGAUGUUUGCAAAUGGCUAAAGAAACAUUGUCCAAAUCAGUAUCAGAUCUACAGUGAGUCAUUCAGACAGCAUGACAUAACUGGACGAGCCCUGCUCAGACUCACUGAUAAAAAGCUUGAGAGAAUGGGAAUCGCCCAGGAGAAUCUCCGGCAGCACAUCUUACAGCAGGUGCUCCAGCUCAAGGUUCGAGAAGAAGUCAGAAAUCUAAAGUUACUCACACAAGUCUCAACUGAGGGUUCUCCAUGAAUGUGGUUGGUCUUCCACGCUGCUGUCCUGCCAGUUGAUAUGAGCAUGGUCUGAUUCUCACAGAAGGACUAAACUCAUGGCACUGCCAGAAGAUAUCAUUGGAACACUGACAGAUUAAACAGAUUGACUGAAAAAGGAAAAGAAAGAGAAAAAAAAUUCCAUUCAGUCAAGAAAAUAAGCUUUGGAAAAUCUUAGUUUGCUGUGGAGUUUUAAAUGAGGUGCAUAAUAUACAGUCCCAACUUGUUCAAAGUGGUCAUUGGCAGACCAUUAGCUGGAAAAUUGCUUCCAGUUUUCAUCACUGUGCAUAACUGAAGCUACCUUUGAGGAGCUGUCUGAACCCUUCCCUAGAAGUCCUGUUUUAGCAUGACAACUACUGGAUUAUUUUAUUGUGUGUGCAGAUGGCAUGAUGUGUUAGCAAAAAAAAAAAAAAAACAAACAGCAGUUCUGCAAUCUCAGUGGAAGUGUUCAUCAUACUACAUCCUGGUAGAAAUGUAAACAUGUCUUGAUUGUGUUAGUUAUGAUGUCUAAAGGUAUUCUGUCCAACUUUUAAGCACUUUAUAGCAGAACACUAUACAGAAACAAAUCAGCACGUUCAGUCUAAGUGAGAAAGUCUCUUCUUUUUAAAAAUCUAUUUCUAUUUCUGGCUCAGACUGUCUAAGACAUACUCUACUAUUACAAUAUCCCCAGUCAUUGCUGGUAGAUUGGUACAAACAUGGCCACAAUACUGUUAGACUCAACCACUUGACACUUUACUGAACAACCAGAUCACUUAUAACACCAAAGGGAAAUAGAAGUGGGCCUAGCGAUUGUAAUUAUCUUACCUCUUGGUUCCUUGUACCUUGGCACAACUAACCACAUGCACAUAUAAAUACUCAAACAUAGGCGACUUCUAUGUGAUCUUCACUCAUUCUUUAGAUGAGACCUGUUAUGGAAGAAAAGAAGAGUGGCUUUCUUCAAUCUAAGACCUUGGUGGGAUGAUGAUAGAGGCAAUGAAAUACCAUUUUCUUGCAUGAUCUAACUUUAACAUUUUGGAAAGCUCACUAGGUCAAGUUGAAAUCACAACUCUCUGAAAGGGGGGGGGGGGAACAGCAUGUCUGGAGAAGGAAAAGGGUUUAGUCCUACACCUGAUUCCUUCCUCAAUAGAGAAUUUUCUAGCUACUAUUUAUCUUUCAAAUAUAAUACCCACAACUAAUUUAUUUUUCCCAUGCUUUUCAACAAAAUGUGUCCUGGGAAACUAGUCCACCCAGUUACUGCUCAUUCUUAGAGAAAUGUGCAUAUUGAAUGACCUUCCAUACCACAUCAGUACUUUUUUCAGAAAAUGUAAGGUUGACUGAAUUAAAAAAAAAAAAAAAAAAAAAAACUCAGCAAAGUAUCUUUAAAGUCUAUCCAUGACCCCAGCCUGGGACUGGCACAUCUCAGAGGCUUAUAUAACUACACAAGUGCCCUGCCAACAUAAGCGAGGUUUAUAUUAUAAGGGGUCUCCUGAUAGAUACUAAGUAUCUAUUCUGUGCAUGUCUUGCCUCCCCUGGGAGUUUCAGGAAACACACAAACCAUUGGAAAAUGCCUUUGCCAAGAUUUGGAAACCUGACAAGAAUGGGAAAAGAGAGCCAUGUAUGCUUUGGGUGACUUACCCAGAAGAAUGAGUCACUACCAGUCUUUUGGGGAUGGAGUGCCAAAGAAAGGAGCACCCUGGAGGGGACCGCAAAGAAAUUUGAUCACCACCAAGAUCUGACUCUUUGGGUCAGCUCCAGUCUGCCAAGCCCUUA